AUGCCAUUGUAUCCAACGAAGUCUUGUCUUCUUCCUUUCCUCGAUCAAGCCCUUAUUCACCCCACUAGUCAAAAGCAGAAUCAGAGCCAAUGGUUGAAGUGGGAGAAUUUUCUCUUCUCUGGCACUUGGCCUCCUCCAUUGUCGUCCAAGUUACGUGUCAAAGUUGAACCAAGUCUGGUCAUGUCUGAAAUAGACGAUCCAACUGCCGUCAAUUCACCCUCCUCUCGAGUUGCCCGCCGAGUGUAG